AUGACGAAGAACAACAAGUCAGCAGCUGGAGGUCCCAAAACCAGUGCGCCAACCACCCUCGAUACACUUUUCAACACCCUACAGGCACUGGUGGAUCGACUAGAUAAGAUAGAAGCUCUCACCAAGGAAUCUUCCUUAAACUCAGAAAUCCCACACCACUUGAUGGAAUUCCUCACUGCGCGAUUGGACGACCUAGCCAAACGACUAGAACGAAUGGAGAAGACCUUAGAUUCUGACUCUAUUCAUAGCCUCGACAUACAAACCAACACACCCGCUCCAAUACACCAACAAGGAAAGAUGUCUUAUGCAUCUGUAGCUACACCGUCUUCGAAGCAAACUACAGCUCAAAUCACUGCUCCAAUUAGAUCAAUCAAGAACAUACCACACCCAUUACCAUCGAUUCCUUCUAACAGUUACAUAAACCGCUUUAAACGAGGCCAUACUAUCAUCAGGACGCAUCCAGGGACGGAAAAACCCUUCUUGAACCUCUCCCCGAUUCAGAUUGUUACCAAUGUCAAUCAAGCCCUCAGCUCAAUCAAUGCAAAAAUCGAUAACACACUAGUUCAAGUACAAGCGGUCACCCGAUUUCCCACGGGCGACAUCAAAAUUCAAAUUCAUUACUAA